AGAAAAAAAGAAAAAGAAAGAAAAAAGCUCCAAAUCUUGCUAGAUUCUCUUAUCAUGGAAAUGAAACUCUAACUUGAAAAACUCACACAAACCUUGAUUACCAAUAUAUCCACAUUAUCUCUGUUUCUUCCUUCUUAUUAGAUCUUCAUCUCUCUCUUUCUCUAAUUAUAUAUAAACACAAUCCAUUGUUUCUGUUUCUAAAUAUAUAUUUAUUUUAGAGACUUCAAUUAUUAAUGGCUUCCUCCCACUAUAUAUCAUUUCAAUUUAGUAUCUGCUAUAUUUGCUUUUAGAUUCAGAUUCAUUCAUUCCAAUGCGAUCUCCAAAAUUUCCUCUUUUGUUUUCCACUACUUCUUUCUUCUCUCUUUUCCAAUUUUCCCUCCAAAUUUUUCAUGACCUAGAUUAGAUCUAGGGUUUGUUUUUUGUUUCUCUAAAUUCACCAAAAUCAAAACCCAAAAAAAAAAAAAAAAGUAUUUGAUUUUGAUCAAAAAAUAUUACAAUGUUGAAGCAAAUAUGGAGCAAACUGCCUCGGAAGUCAUCGAAAUCGAGCAACGACUCGUCGGCCGAGUCAACUCGCUACUCCAACUCGCCGCGCGCAACAUCGCAAUCGCAAUCCAACGGCGGAGGAGGAGGAGGAAAGCGCACGGCGGUGUUUCCGGCGAGCGUGGUGGCCGGAAUCGAGCCGUUGGUUCCCUUCAAGGACGUACCGAACUCCGAGAAGAUGAACCUGUUCGUCAGCAAAGUGAGUCUCUGCUGCGUCACCUUCGAUUUCACCGACUCGUCGAAGAACUCGGUCGAAAAGGACGUCAAAAGGCGAACCCUAAUCGAGCUCGUCGACUUCGUAGCCUCGUCUUCGGGCUCGUCCGGUUCAUGUUCUAUCCGAUUCACCGAACCGGCAAUCCUCGCUCUGUGUAGAAUGUGCGCAGCGAAUCUUUUCCGAGUUUUUCCGCCGAGUUACCGGUCGAAUUGUAGCGGCGGCGGUGGCGACGGCGGAGGCGAUUCUGACAACAACGAGUGCGACGGCGAUCCGAUGUUCGACCCAGCGUGGCCGCAUUUGAAUUUGGUAUAUGAUUUACUUCUCAAGUUCAUUACUUCAUCUUGCGUGGACGCUAAGGUAGCUAAGAAGUACAUAGAUCAUUCCUUUAUAUUAAGGUUGCUUGAUUUGUUUGAUUCCGAGGAUCCUAGAGAACGAGAUUGUCUGAAAACUAUUUUACAUAGGGCAUAUGGGAAAUUCAUGGUUCAUAGGCCAUUUAUUCGUAAGUCAAUUAAUAAUAUAUUCUAUAGGUUUGUGUCUGAAUCCGAAAGACACAACGGGAUUGCGGAGUUAUUGGAGGUGUAUGGGAGUGUAAUUAGUGGGUUUGCAUUGCCUUUGAAAGAGGAGCAUAAGAUUUUCUUGUGGAGGGUUUUGGUACCUUUGCAUAAGCCUAAGUCUGUUGGGGUUUACUUUCAUCAAUUGUCGUAUUGUGUUACUCAGUUCAUAGAGAAAGAGCCGAAAUUGACUAGUACGGUCAUCCGGGGGUUGUUGAAAUUCUGGCCUGUUACUAAUAGUCAGAAGGAGAUGAUGUUUUUGGGCGAGAUUGAAGAGAUUUUGGAUGCCAUUAACAUGGUGGAGUUCCAAAAGAUUAUGGUGCCGUUGUUUUUGCGGAUUGGAUGUUGUAUUAACAGCUUCCACUUUCAGGUUGCUGAAAGGGCCCUUUUCUUUUGGAACAAUGACAACAUUGUCAACUUGAUAGCACAUAACCGUCAGGUGAUUCUUCCCAUCGUAUUUCCAGCAUUCGAGAGAAAUGCCCAGAGCCACUGGAACCCAGCAGUGCUCAACUUAAGUUUAAAUGUUAGAAAGAUGUUCAUGGAGAUGGAUGAGGUUCUUUUCCAGUCUUGUCAUGCUCGCUUUGAAGAAGAGGAAGCAAAGCUAAGCUUGGCAGCUGAGAAGCGGAAGGAAGCAUGGGAGCGAUUAGAGAAUGCAGCCAGUCUCCAGCCAAUAACUGGAAAUACUGCUGUUCUGGUAACUCCUCUAGCAACCUCAAUCACCUGCUAAGUGCCAUUACUAAUCUGUAGUUAUCUUAAGCUUUCCUAUCUUCUCUUUUCCUCUUUUUUUACGGUGGUGGGAAACCAGAAGAAAUGUACUUAAAAACGGCUGUUGUUUUGGACUGGGAAAUUAUUUUUUGAUUGCCCUUACAGCCUGUUGUAAUUUUAUUAUGAUCCUUUGUCUUCCAUUACUACUGUGUGGAAAUGCUAAUUGCUUCCUUGAAGAAGUAAUGGGAAGGGCCAAGCCAAGGAUCAUAAAAUUUUCUGUACCAGCUAAUGGCUAAUUGAUUUUUACUCUCA